CCUUUGGCACAACAAAAAAAGCAAAGAAUGAUUGUAGCCACAACGGCUACCAUAGGAACUUUUAACAUACUGUCUACUAUGGCUCGAUGGUUUGUAUCGGGUUGUUUGAUCAUUAAUCAUAUGAUCGAGUCUAGAACACUUCGUAGGAGAUAUCUACUGAACUUUGAUAGUAGACGUGCUAAUAUGUGGAGGAUAGUGUAUCAAAGUGAUAUCGCGAGCAUUGUUACUAUUAGAAUGAAUAGACUUGCAUUUUCAAAACUUUGUAAAUUGCUUGAAAGUAAAGGAGAGAUAUGCAAUAGCAAACACAUGUUAGUUGAUGAGCAAGUUGCAGUGUUCUUACAUACGCUUGCUCAUAAUGGAAAAAACCGAGUUAUUAUUAAUAGAUUCGAGAGAUCUAGUGAAACUAUAAGCCGAUAUUUCAAGUUAGUGUUAGAUCCAAUAUGUCGGCUACGCAAAGAGUUUUACGUCACACCUGUCCCUGUUCCAAAUGAUGAGACGGAUGAGAGGUGGAAAUGGUUUAAGGGUUAUCUUAGUGUAUUAGAUGGGACAUACAUAAAUGUUAGGGUCCCUACUGUUGAUAGAAAACCUUAUCGAACACGAAAAGGCUCGAUUUGCACCAAUGUUCUUGCGGUAUGUACAAGAGACCUCAUGUUUACUCACGUAUUGGCUGGAUGGGAAGGUUCUAAAGCAGAUAGUUGAGUGCUUCGAGAUGCUAUUAGUAGACCACAAGGUCUUCGAGUACCUCAUGGAACAUAUUAUCUAUGUGACGCUGGUUAUACAAAUGGUGAUGGCUUUCUGACUCCUUAUCGCAGCCAACGGUACCAUAUUAACGAUUGGUCGAAUCCGCCUACCACACCAAAGGAGUUAUAUAAUAAAAAACACUCAUCCGCAAGGAAUGUUAUUGAGAGAGCUUUUGGUUUGAUUAAAGCUAAAUGGAAAAUCUUGCAUGAUACUUGUUUCCACCCAAUUGAAUCGAUGCCACGUAUCAUUACUGCUUGUUGUUUGAUGCAUAAUUUCAUACGGACAGAAAUGGAUGAAGACCCUUGUGAGGAUGAAGUGCCAAUUAAUCACACAGAAAACGCAUAUGACCAUGAUGAUCUUAUUAGUACUGUUGAGACAUCGCAAGUAUGGAAUGAUAGUAGAGAUACUCUUGCUAACAACAUGUUUAAUGAGUGGAAGGCAAGGCACAACAAUGUAUGAAUCUAAUUAUAGUGUCGAAAGGUUUUAGUCAAGUUGUCAUGGGAAGAAUGGAGUACAAGUUGCCAGCUAAUAGUGAUGUGGUCUUGAAUAGAUAUGAUACAUAUGUGUUUGUUAUGCUUCUUUUUGUUUUUGUAAGCUUUGGAAUAUAUAUUUAGAGGCGGGUUUGUAAAAAUUAUCACAGAAGA